AUGGGUCGUCUUCAACACGCGUCAUCGUCGCACUCACUCCAUUCUCUGGACGACGACGCGCCGCCUCCGUAUACCGAUGACCCCGAACCCAUUCUCGCCCCGGUCCAACCUGUCCAACCUGUUCAGCCUGUACAACCUCCCCAAAGCAUCCGACCGCUCCGGCUAAUCGACUCGGCCUAUUGUCUCCCCGGCGGCAAGGACUCUCUCAGCCUCGAACCAGCGCUCUCGAGCAACAGCGAUGAGCUGUACAAUGUCCUCCGCCUACAAAUAAAGCUGCCGCCACGGCCGCUACUCUCCAUCCAUGGCACCCACACCGAAACGAGCAAUGACCAAAAGAAAGAGAAGAGCAACACGGUCACAGACUUCCAGUUCAGACUGGAUCUGGCCGAGACCAUGCUGACCGGCUGGGAGGGCGGAUACAUGGUCACAAACUGGAGAGAAGUGGAAGUCCUCAGCGAUGAGGAUCUCAGACCGGCGUAUCGGGGAGGAAUCCUCCGCUCGCGCACGUACAAGCCGCCCAAGUCGCGUGCCGCUAUCAGUCUCACGGGGGACAGCGAUGCCCUCCUAGGCCGAGAUAACGCCGACGAGCAGAACAACAGCUCUCCAGACGCGAGAAACCUACAGAUGUGGUGCGAGCGCUUCUGCAGUGACCCCGCUUCUGUGAAAUCAUUCACACUGCACCGCGAAGUCUCCGGCUUCGACUCCAACGCCAUGCAGAACGUCCUCUCCUCCCACAUCCGUGAACUCAACUACCGCGGCUCCCUAAGCUUCGGUCUCUCCAUCAGCCGACGCUCCGUCACAAUAUACUCCCCGCACUGGAUCAACCGCCUCCGCACAAACCGUUUCGUCUGGUGGGUUGUCGUGCUUCUUCAGCUCUGGAUUAUCACGUGGCCAGUUAUCUUCUUCAUGGAGAAGAGGUACGAAGUCGUCCACACGCGCUGGAACGCGUCGCUUAUACCAGAGGAUUCUGACUCUCCGCUGGUUAAGUGCUACGCAUUUGGUCGCGAUGAGUCUACCCUGGCGGAGUACUGGGCCCCAGCUGUUAAGCAGGCGGCGUGGACCCAGCGGCGUGGGGACGGUAGUAUUUUGACGAGGAUGGAUGCGGAUCGCUUGCAGGGAUAUAGUACGCAGCAGCUGGUUAAUCUUCGUGCUGCGAGUUCGGAUACUGAGACCGAGCGCCGGGAGAGGGUAAAUCGCGGUGAAGCUGGGUUUGUUGAUAAUGUUGUAGGUUUGGUGAGAGGGAUCGGAGAGGCUGGGCGAGAUUGGAGAUUUUCUGCAGGAUGGGGUGCUAACAGUUAA